AUGGAUUGGUCCCGUCUUCGUCCAGAUGAACAACCAUUCUACCAACCAAAUGGAUUAAAAUUUCGUAUAUACACUCCUAAAGAAAUAUUAUCAUUAUCAGUUUUAAGGGUAACUCAACAAAAAACAUUUGACGAAUUGGGGCAUCCACUUGCAAAUGGUUUAUAUGAUCCAAGAUUUGGACCUACUGAUGCACGAGAUAAAUGUGUUACGUGUGGUUUACAGGGAGGCUUGUGCCCAGGUCAUUUUGGGCAUAUAAUUCUUGAGGUUCCUGUUUUUAAUCCACUUCUUUUUUCUCUUACAUAUAAGUUACUUCAAUCAUCAUGUGUACAUUGCCAUAGAUUUUACUGUAACACAUCAAAUCCAAUUUCACAAGUAUUUUUAUUGGAGUUAAAGUGUAUUGAUGAGGGUCUUCUUCAUUAUGCAACACUAAUAAAAGAAGCCAUUUUAAUGAAAACAGAAUCUGAAAGUGGUGAAGAUAAUAUACCUGAUGUGGCUGGUAUUGAACCUCUAAGAAAAUUUGAAAAGUAUAUCAAGAAGGAAUGUAAGGCAAUGAAAGAGGCAGGACAAAUUCCUAAUUAUCCAACAAAAAAUACAAUUGCAUUAAAAGAAGAACUUGUUAAAAAAUAUUUAAAGGAUACUUUUUUUAAAAGAAGGCAAGUAUGUCCUCUUUGUAAAAACAAGAAUGGAACUUUAAAAAAUGAUAACAACCAACUUAUAAUCCUUGAUUUUGUUGGUAAUACUAAAGGUAAAAAAAAUAUGGCCUUAAACACAUCUGUUACCGAAGAUUUUGAUCUUAAAGUAAAUGCUGCUAAGUCAUCUGAAACAGGUGCACAAGCUUUAGAAAGACAAAUUUGUAAUGUUAGACAGGGAAGGUGUAAAAAAUUAGCUUGGCGUGCUGCAGAAGUUCGUGAACAUUUUAGAUUAUUAUGGGAAAAUGAAAAAAAAAUAAUUUCUAAACUUUUUCCAAUUUUUAAUGGUUUAGAAGGUCUUGUUUGUCCAUUAGAUAUAUGUUUUUCUGAGGUGAUAAUGGUACCACCAUCAAUAUUCCGUCCAAGUACAUAUAUGAAAGGAGAAAAAUAUAAUCACCCAGAAACAACUGCUUUUAAAAAUUUAUUGGAAGCAAGUAAUGUUAUAUCUCUUCUGAAUUUGACAGCUUCUGAUAGGAAAAUGGAUUCAAUGUAUGAUGCUUCAGUGGAACAAAUUAUUCAAACACUUAAAGGAAAUACAUUAGCUGAAAAAGUACAUAAUGCUUAUUUAAAUCUUCAAAUGAAAUAUAAUACUAUUUAUAAUAGUGAUUCUGUUGGGUCUGAUUCUUGUUCUAAUGGAUUAAAACAAUUAUUGGAGAAAAAAGAGGGUCUUUUUCGAAUGCAUAUGAUGGGAAAACGUGUGAAUUAUGCUUGUAGAUCUGUAAUAACACCAGAUCCUUAUCUUGAUGUUGAUGAAAUUGGAAUACCAUUAGUUUUUGCAAAAAAACUUACUUUUGCUGAACCUGUUAAUAGUUUGAAUGCUAUACAACUUCGAAAUCAAGUUAGAAAUGGACCAAAUAAACAUCCUGGUGCUUUAUUCAUUCAACAAAAUAAUAAAUAUCAACAAAGAAUAUUUCCAACUGAGGAAAGUAGGCAAUCAUUAGCAAAAAAAGUUGUUCCUACAUCUUCUGAGCAUACAACACAAACGACUGUUUAUAGACAUCUUCAGGAAGGGGAUAUGCUUCUUAUGAAUCGUCAACCAUCUCUUCACAAACCUUCAAUUAUGGGACAUCGAGCAAGAAUUUUAACAAGUCAAAAAGCUCUUCGAAUGAACUACGCUCCAUGUAAAGCUUACAAUGCCGAUUUUGAUGGAGAUGAGAUGAAUGGUCAUUUUAUUCAAAAUCGUGUUGGACAAACAGAAGCUAGAGAAUUAGCAAAUGUUGGAAGUAACUUUUUAGUUCCUAAAGAUGGUACACCACUUCUUGGCCUUAUUCAAGAUCACGUAGUUUCUGGAGUAUAUAUGACAUUGCGUGGAAGAUUUUUCAAUAAAGAAGAUUUUAUGCAUCUUCUCUUGUCAGCUUUCGGACAAAUAUCAAAGAAAUUAGUUAUGCCACCACCAACAAUGAUUAAGCCAGAAGUUUUAUGGAGUGGAAAACAAUUGAUAUCAGCGGUUAUCAUGAAUAAUAUACCGAAGGAUGUACCAAAAAUAAAUCUUAUUGGCAAAGCUAAAACAGCAAUAAACUGUUGGAUAGUUAAAGGAUAUAAAGCACCUCCAUUUGAUAUGAGUGAAUCGGAAGUAGUAUUUAGAAAUGGUGAACUUCUUGUUGGUGUUCUUGAUAAAGCACAUUUUGGUGCAACUCAAUAUGGUCUUAUUCAUGCUUGUUAUGAUUUAUAUGGAAACCGUAUCGCAACAUCUAUUCUUUCAUGUUUUUCACGUCUUUUUACAACUCAUCUUCAAUUUCAUGGUUUUUCACUUGGAGUUGCUGAUAUUUUAGUUGAUAAUGAAGCUAAUAAAACUAGAACAAAAAUUAUUAAAAAAAUUAGAGCUGUUGGUGAAGAAUGUGUAAGAAAGACUUUUAAAUUAGAUGAUAAUGCUAGUGAAUUAGAAGUGAAACAUGUUCUUGCUUCUGCUUACAACAAUCCACAAGGUGAUAUUUCUAAUGUAAAGAAAUGGGACUAUUCAAUUAAACAAGAAUUAAAUAAACUUAAUGAUAAAAUAUGUCAAGCUUGUGUUCCAGGUGGAUUAAUUAAAUCAUUCCCAAUGAAUUCUUUACAAAUGAUGAUUCAAUCUGGAGCUAAAGGUUCUAUGGUAAAUGCUGUACAAAUUUCAUCUGGUCUUGGACAAAUUGAAUUAGAAGGUCAACGUCCACCUUUAACAGCUUCUGGUAGAACUUUACCUUCUUUUAAAGAAUUUGACCCAUCUCCACGUGCUGGUGGGUAUGUUGAUCAACGAUUUUUAACUGGUAUUAAUCCACAAGAAUUAUUUUUCCAUACAAUGGCUGGUCGUGAAGGUCUUAUUGAUACAGCUGUAAAAACUUCACGUUCUGGAUAUCUUCAAAGAUGUAUUAUAAAACAUUUAGAGGGGCUUAAGAUUUGUUAUGAUUUAACAGUUAGAGAUUCUGAUAAUUCAAUUGUUCAAUUUAGAUAUGGUGAAGAUGGUAUGGAUAUUGGUAAAUCUUGCUUUAUGAAUGAAAAGCAAUAUCCAUUUAUUAAGGAUAAUUUAGAAAGUAUCAGAGAAAAGUUUGUACCAAAAAAUGUUCGUGACAAAGAUUUUCGUGUUUCAAAAGUUCAGAAAAAAUGGAAAGAAUACAAAAAUUGGAAGAGUAUAAAUGGUUCAAAAAAAGAUUAUAGAAGUGGUUUUGUUGAAUUUUCAAAACACCAUCGUAAUAUUAAAAAAAAACAUUUAAUAAAAAUGUGGUUUGAAUUGUCUGAAGAAGAAAGAGAUGAAUAUAAUCAAAUGGUUCCAAAACGUUUAGAUACAUUAGAUGUAGCAUAUAAUCCAACACGUUAUCUUGGAGCGUUACCAGAAAAAAUGAUGGAAUCAAUUGACAAAUUUACUAAAACAAUAGAUAAUCCUAGUGAAGCGGAUUAUUUUAAACGAUCAUUAUUCUGGAAAGGUAUGCAAUCAUUUGCCGAUCCUGGAGAAAAUGUUGGUUUGUUAGCGGCACAAUCUAUUGGUGAACCUUCAACUCAAAUGACAUUGAAUACUUUCCAUUUUGCCGGUAGAGGUGAAAUGAAUGUUACUCUUGGUAUUCCACGUCUUAGAGAAAUUCUAAUGACAGCUUCUAAAAAUAUAUCUACACCUAUGUGUGAAAUAAAAAUUUUACCAUCUGCUACUAAGGAACAAUUAGAAAUAAUAAGAAGGGAAUUAGAUAGAAUAUAUAUGAAAGAAGUUAUUAAAGAAAUGAGCGUUGAUGAAAUUAUUACAAUAAAUAGUUUUAAAUCCACAAGAACAUAUACAAUAAAUAUAUCUAUUUUACCUAAAAAGAAAAGAGAUAAACUUGUUAAUCAUAUUAGUUGCAAAAAAAUACUCAAUUCAAUUGAAAAAAGAUUUGUUAAAGAGUUAGCUCAAAUAAUUUAUAAAAGAUAUAAAGAUAUUACAUCAGAUCAAACUAUAAGAUCACAUAAAUUACGCGGUGGUAAUAUUGCUGCAGGAAUUGUAGAUGAUGACCAAACAUCUUUCAAAACUAAAAAAAUGAAUCAAGACGAUGAUACGGAUGAUGAAGAAGUUGUAGAUGAAGAUGCAACAUUGUCUAAAUUAAAAAAAAGACGUGCUGAAGGGGAUCAAGAUUAUGAUGGUGAGGAGGAAGAAAUUAAGGAAGUGGGACAAAAUAAAGAGGUAAAUGAAAUUAAUGAAGAUGAUGAUGAUGAGGAGGAUGGAGAAUCAGAUGACGAAAAUAAAAUAAAAUUAGAAAAUGGUGAUAACAGUUAUAUUGAAAUGAGUGAAGGUGCCAUGAAUAGAACAAAUGCUGUUAUCAAUUCUCACAUUAUAGUUACAAAUUAUAAAUUUGAUGAAAUAAAUAAUAGAUGGUGUCAAAUUGUUAUUGAGUUACCAUUUAAUUCUAAAUCGAAAUUUGACGUACAUGCACUUGUUGAACAGUAUGUAGAAAAGUUUAUAAUACAUCAAACUCCGGGUAUAGAAAAAUGUGUUUUUGCUGAACAAACCAGAAAAGGUGUUACAUAUAAUGUUCUUCAAACUCAAGGUAUAAAUCUUCAAGCAUUAUAUAAUCAUUCAGAUGUCUUAGAUGUAAAUUCUCUUUACUCUAAUGAUAUUAAUGUAAUGCUUGAUAAUUAUGGUUGUGAAGCUGCUGGACAAGUUAUAGCAAGAGAAAUGACAAAUGUCUUUAGUGUUUAUGGUAUUGAAGUUAAUCCACGACAUUUAUCAUUGACAGCUGACUAUAUGACAUUUACUGGAGCUAUAUCACCAUUUAAUAGAAUUGCUAUGAGUUAUACACCAUCACCUUUACAAAGAAUUACCUAUGAAACUUCUUUAGGAUUUUUAUCAUCUUCAUUGAUAUAUAGCAAUAAUGAUACUUUACAAUCGCCUUCAUCUAAACUUGUUGUUGGCCAACUGAUGAAAAGUGGAACUGGGUCGUUUGAUUUAGUUUCUGUAUUACAAAAAAGAACUAAAGACUCAUUGUUAUCAAAAGAUAUUAAAAGUGAAGCUGAGGAUGAAACAGAUAUUACAUUGAAAGAAGAGGUAUUAAACGACACUUCCAAUGAACACAUCAGGAGCAUGUUUGAAUGUUAA